GGGAGUACGGGGACUGGGAAGAGCGAGUGAAGCAGGGCGCUGGCGGGGGUGAGCGUACACCGCACGGGGUGCGCACCGGGGCUACACGUGUGCCCCGUGGAAGGGCAGCCCUGCACGGACGGGGGGGUGCCUGCACACCCGUGGGGCCACACGCCGGGGGACGGUGCAACCCCCGGUGCCGCCGGGCGUGCCCGGGUCUGGCGGCGGCCGCGCAGCGCCGGUACCGGGGGCGGCCCCCAGACCGUGGCGGGGCGGGCGCGGCGGAUGCACCGCCUUCCCGGGCAGCGGGGCCCGCCCGCUCGGGCCUUGCCUGCUGAGGCCUGGCUGCGCCGGGAAGAAGGGGCGAUGGAGGCGGCGGGCAGCGGGGGACCGGCGGCGGCGGCAGGGGGAGGCGCAGGGAUCGCCCUGCACGACUUCAGCGGGCGGCUGGGCGAGCAGCGGGUGCACUUCCACGCCAUGCGGCUGCGGGACUCGCUCUUCCUCUGGGUGGGCGCCGCGCCCGCCCUCGCCAGCCUGGCUGUCGCCAUGUGCAGCCCACGGGACAGCAUCCCGGUGGCCGCCUCGCUCCUGGGGGACCCCUCCGACACCGCCUCCGCCUGUCUGGCCCAGCGCUUGGCCAGCAAGACCAAAAAACAGAUAUUUGUCAGCUACAAUCUUCAAAACACAGACAGCAGUUUCACCUUACUCAUAGAAAACAGGAUCAAAGAAGAAAUGAUGGCUUUUCCAGAGAAGUUCUGACUUGGCUUCAUUGUAAAAUAACCUGAAGUUUUUGUUUUAGAAAAACCAGUCGCAAUUUUCACACUGACAUUAAGUUACUAUAUUUGUUUUAUAUUGUUUUGAUUGAAUUUGAAGUUGUUAUUAAAUACAGAUGGACAUAAAUACAGUUGGAACCUGAAAUUUAUUAUUUUUUUUUAAAUUUACUACCCUGUUAAGUAGGGAAUAGGUGAGUAGAGUAGAAAAUAU